AUGAUCCUCACACUCUUCUUUAUCCAGGUGGCUGCAGCGACGUCACCUACCUUUGGGCCACAACAACGUCGUGCAUCCGCGACAAAAAGUGUCCUAGGGCCAGUGUCCAAACUCGAGGUUGCCAAUAAAAUUCUUUCCCCCGACGGUUACGCUCGCUCCACUGUCCUUGCCGGUGGGACCUUUCCGGGGCCCUUGAUCCAGGCGCAAAAGGGAGACGAAUUCCGCAUCGAUGUCAUAAACCGACUCAGUGAUACCUUAAUGAAUACCACGACUAGUAUCCACUGGCAUGGCAUCCUGCAGCACCGGUCCAAUUGGGCUGACGGUGCCGCUUUUGUAACACAGUGUCCCAUUCCACCCAAUGGAAGCUUCUUGCAUACAUUUACUGUACCGGACCAAGCCGGAACGUUCUGGUAUCAUUCACACCUGUCGGCUCAGUAUUGCGAUGGCCUGAGGGGUCCCCUAGUCAUCUAUGAUCCUGAAGAUCCUCUCGCUCAUAUGUAUGAUGUUGACGAUGAAUCAACAGUGAUCGUGCUUUCUGAUUGGUUCAUGUACAAUCCUCCCUUCACGCCGGACUCUACCCUGAUCAAUGGUCUCGGCCGCUAUGCAGGGGGACCAAAAUCACCGCUUGCGGUCGUCAAUGUGGAGCAGGGAAAGCGGUAUAGGUUCCGUAUCGUCGGAGCGUCCUGCGAUCCGUGGUUCAAUUUCACUAUUGAUGGGCACCAAAUGACAAUCAUCGAAGUAGAUGGAAUUGAGGUGGAACCAGUUGACGUCGACUCCCUGGCAGUGUUUGCAGGUCAACGCUACUCCGUCGUCGUCCAUGCUGAUCAACCCCUUGGAAACUACUGGGUUCGAGCCCUGUCCAACUUCCCCAAUCAGACAUUUGACGGAGGGUUAAGCUCGGCCAUCCUAAGGUACGACGGUGCACCUUCAGAAGACCCUACGACUGAGCAUGGACCAUACGUACUGCCGUUUGACGAAGGCGCCCUUCACCCUCUCAUUGACUCUGGUGCACCUGGUAUUCCAGAACCCGGGAAAGCGGACAUAAACAUCAACCUUGACCCGGGUCUCAAUGGUACCGCAGGCCUUUACACUAUAAACAACAUCUCUUUCGUCGAUCCGCCGCUUCCAAUACUCCUGCAGAUUUUGAGUGGCGCCCGGCAUCCAUCUCAAUUUCUCCCUCAGGGUAGUAUCUACGAGCUGCCAUACAAUAAAACCAUAGAAGUUAGCAUGCCUGCGACUGACCUCACGCCUGGAGGCGCCCUUGGUGGUCCCCAUACCUUGCAUCUUCAUGGUCAUGUUUUUGACGUUAUCCGCGUGUCGGGAAAUAAAUCGUACAACUUCGUGAACCCCGUGAGGAGGGACACAGUUACAAUUGGGACUCAAGCAAAUGCUGAUAAUGUGACGUUACUCCACAUUAACUGGCACCUCAACAAAGGUUUUGCUGUUGUUAUGGCAGAAGCGUUGUCUGCCACUACUGCCCAGGAAAGUCAAGUCAUACCAGAAUAUUGGCGGAAGCUGUGUUCUGCGGAAUGA